AUGGCAAUUCGAAUUGGUGAGCGUUUUGCAUCAUAUGAUGCUCUGAAGAGAGCAUUAGAUGAUUACGAAAAACAGCAAUUUGCAAAUUAUCCGAUUGUGAAAAGUGAAUUGGAUCCAGAAAAUUUGGAGUUGAAAUACAAAUCGAUUCGUUUCAAGUGUAAAUUUCACGGUGAACAUGUGAAAACAACAGAUCAACGGCAAACGAGCACCUACAAACAAAAAUGUGAAUCGUUUGUCUACGCAACUCAAAUCGAUCGAGAUGGUGAAAUCAUGCUGGAAAUCAAAUCGAUGGGUCAAGUGCACAAUCACGAAAGAAGUAUCGAUCUCUUUCGUCACAUGACGAAACAAAGAAAAGCAGCGGUCGAAGCAAAUAAGGAUCACCUGGAAAAAGUGCUAGCUGUAAAAGCAAAUACCCGUGCCGUACAAAAGCAAGUCAACGAUUCUACCGCAGAAAUUGGUGUAAUUACCGCGAAAGAUAUUCACAAUUUCAAGUAUAGUGUGAAAAAAGUCCCAGUUCACUCAAAUGAUUUGGUUCGUCUUGUUGAUGCUAUGAUUCAAGUGGAAAAUGCAACGGUGAAAGUAAUCAAGGAUGGAAAUGAAUUGGAUUGCGUUUUUUUCCAAGACGCCAGAAUGAAGAAGUUCUUCGACACAUAUCCAGAGGUGGUAAUGUUUGAUGGCACGUACAAACUCAAUGACCGUCGCAUGCCAUUAGUCAUUCUUUUGGUAAUCGACGGCAAUGGUGAAUCACAGAUCGCUGGUUUGUGUGUGGUCCGUUCGGAAAACGACCAAACUUUUCGCAAUCUUUUUGAUGAAUUUAAAAAAGAAAACCCAAAACACACUGACAUCAAAAUCAUCAUGAGUGACAAAGCAUCGGCGAACGCAAGUGCAUUCAAAACGUCAUUUCCAAAUGCCAAACAUCAGUUGUGUGUUUUCCAUGUGCUGCAAAUAUUCAACAGAGAAGUGACGACACGAAUGCGAAAAAUGACUCCAGAUCAAGUGAAAGAGGCGGUGAAUAUUCUACGGAAAAUGGUUUACGCUGAGAGCCAAGCACAGUAUGAUCGGUGCUAUCAACAAUUGACAAACAUGAAUUGUCCGCUUUUGAUGGAGUACUUCAACACAUAUUGGCACGGAAUUCAGGAAAAAUGGGUGGCGCACUAUGUCAAUCAACACGCAAACUACGAGAAUCGUUCAAACAAUCGUCUUGAGUCGGUGAACCAGAAGAUUAAAACGAUUGUCGCCAAAUACAGCUCGUUAGCAUCGUUUUUUGAUGACUUGAUUACUUGCAUUGCUGCAUUCAAUAUUGAGCGCGACCACAAAGCAGCAGAGAGCAUUUUGCGAAAAUCACUCGCAACCAAGAUCAAUACAGAUUAUGACAACAAAUACGCUAAACUGCUGACAAAAUACGCAUUCGACAAAUAUAAACUGCAAUCGAUGAAGUCAACUCAAGUGCAGUUCAGUCGAAUAGGUCUACUCGAUGCCGACUGUAUUCAAGACGGAGUGGACAUUACCGUUUCGGAAGAUGAAUGUUCGUGCAAAUUUUUCCGAACAAUGAAUCUUCCAUGUGCACACAUCAUUGCAUUUUUGAAUCACUACGGAGAAUCGCCUUACAAACCAUCAUUGUGUAGUCAGCAUUGGUUGCGUGAACGAGCUCAAUUCUUGAGCGAAUUUGCUUAUGCAACUUCAAAGUCAACGAAAGCGGACGUGGUGACUGAGGAUACAGCAAAACGCAAGCGAAAUUUGACACCGAACGAAAAAUUCAACAAGGCUUCGAUUGAGACGAAGAAAAUUUGCGAAGUGUUGGCUGAAAAAUCGCAAGAAGAGUUCGAUGAGUGUCUUGAACUGCUGAAGGUUAUUCGACGUGCUGUCGAAAAUAACCAACGACCGAACAUUGUUCUCGCAACAGAACAUCGCCAAGAUAUUGGCACAAAUACAAAUGCGAAUUCAAACGAUAGUGUUCCUUCGAGUUCGGAUCGUUCGUUGGAAGCUGUGAUUCAACGUCGUUCGCAAAUUAUGAACACAGCACCGACAGAAAAUGCUAGCACAGCACAACUAAACGUGCAUCAAAACGAUGACAUAACGAAUGCGAAUGCAAACGAAAGUGAUCCCUCGAAUUCAGACCGUUCAUUGGAAGCAGUGAUGACACAAGACGAUGCAGACGAUGGCACAACUACAAAUGCGAAUGCGAGCGCAAAUCAAAUCGACCGUUCUGCUUCAGCCCCGGAAGUUCCAGUACUUGCAUGUCGACCUGAACAGUUGGAUUCAACAACGACUGAAAAAGUAACAGGAGAUGAAACGACCAGCACAAUCUUUGACAAAAAUGUGCGAAAAGUAAUGCCUGCAAGACGGUCUGAACGAUUGAAAACGAUAACAGAAAGAAAUGCUGACGCCAAAACAAACGUCAUGCCUGCGCGAUGAUCCCGACGCUUGAAUACAUUGGCAACAGUAGAAGCAAAUGCUGAUACCAAUACAAAAGGUGGAAAAAUCCAAAGCCGUCGAAAGACCCUCUCUAUUGAGC